AUGUAUCCUCGGCAUGAAUCGAAUUAUAACGGGCCGAGCAAGCUAGUCUCAGGGCAGAAUAAUCGACGUGGGAAAACUGAAAUCAGGGAAGACCAUUUAAGGGAAAUAUCUGCUGCUUUUAGCCUCCUGGACUCCGCUAAUACUGGCAAAAUCGACUAUCAUGAACUCAAGGUAGCUAUGCGUGCCCUGGGCUUCGAGGCCAAGAAGCAAGAGGUCCUUCAACUCAUGUCUAAGUACGAUACCAUGGAGACAGGCUACAUAGACUUUGAAGCCUUCAAGGAAAUAAUGGUCAAGAAAAUCUCAGAAAGGGACCCCAUGGAUGAGAUUAAUAGAGCGUUUGAACUCUUCGAUGAGGAUAACAAGGGCAAAAUUUCGUUCAAGGACCUCAAACGUGUAUCUAAGGAACUCGGUCACAAUCUAUCGGACGACGAGCUUCGUGCAAUGAUAGAUGAGUUCGAUAACGAUAGGGAUGGUGCUAUCUCGAAAGAAGAUUUCGUCACUAUUAUGCGGCAGACCACCAUCUACUAA